AUGUCUGAACAGAGCGAAAGAAGUGGUGAGAUUGAAGGCAAACAGGCUGCACCAGCUGAUGCGAAACCAGUUGAGGAAUCAAGCAGUGAAUCGCCUGAUCAAGCUAUGGAUGAUCUUUUUGGUGAAGAAGACGAAGAUGAAAAUGAUAAUGUGGGUACUGGGUCAGUUACUAACUCUGGUUCUGAGUCAGAGAACGAAGAAGAUAAGGAUGCCAGUGAUGGUGAGCGUGAGAAAAGUCAGCGAAUUCGUCUAGGCUUGGAUGAUGACGAAGCAGAGGAACAAGCAAUGUAUACCAGAAAGUUUUAUGGUGAAGAUAUAGAUAAUUUGAGCGAGGAAGAAAGCUCCCAGCAUCACUUCAAGGAAGAAAGCGUUGAAUUAGUGAGACACAUUGUCCCAUAUCGUGCCAUUGAAGAUGCUAACGGUUCAAAGCCUGUCAUAUAUUACGCAAAAGUUCCCGAAUUCCUUACUAUUGAUCCAAUACCAUUUGAUCCACCAAGUUUCGAAACAAAAGUACAGGAGAGACUCGAAAAUUCUUCCAAAGAAGACCAAUUAGGCGAAAGUCUAAUAGACGAAAAUACGAUUAGAUGGAGAUACUCAAAAGAUGAAAAUCAGCAGGUGUAUAAAGAAUCUAAUGCCCAGAUAGUGGAAUGGUCUGAUGGCAAGUUUUCGCUAAAAUUAGGAGAUGAGUACACCGAUAUAUUAGUAAAUGACACGGAGAACACUUUUUUCGCGGUUUCUCACGAUCAGCAAGAGCUAAUGCAAUGCUCUGAAGGAGGUGAGAUCACCAAGUCGCUAAUGUUCAUUCCAACAUCCACGAACUCAAAAAUGCAUCAAAAACUGACAAAAGCAGUCAAGAAGAGAAACCAAAGGCAAGUCAGUGGACCAGGUAUCUACAUAGUCAACAAAGAUCCAGAGCUGGAAAAGAAUGAAUUAGAAAGACAACAGCAGCAAAGAGUCAGAGAAAGAAGGAAGAGACAACUAAAAGAAAUGGAGAAUAGAGACUCGCCUGACACUGCGGGUUCAUUUGAAUACAAUAACGGUUACAAGAAGAACAGGGCAGCAUCAAUGGAGCCAGACUCCUAUGCUUCCUCUUCCAGACAUAACGAAUACGAGCGCGAUGAUUUCAUUGUGGAUGACGACGAUGAAGAAGUUGAAUACCCUGACGAGGAUGAAGACGAACUACUAGAUGAUGCAGACAGUAACGAUGAUGCAGACCAUGAGGAAGAUGAGGACGACGCCAAAGCAGAGAGAUUGAGAGCCUUAAAAAGAACAGGCGCUGACACAUACAAGCAAGAAAAAACUGCCACUGACUCAGAGGGUGAAACAAAAAGAAGAAAAGUCGCUGUCAUUGACGAUGAAGACGAUGAAUAG